AAAAAUUGAAUAAUAAAUUCCUCCAGGUCAUGAUCGCGUUGUGUCUCGGCUAUUUUCCCUUUAAAUAACUUGGAGAAUUUCUCGCCCUCCCUCCGUUUACUUCGGAGCAGAGCUCGUUCAUAUUUCAGUCAGCAGGCGCAUCUCAAUGGUCCAAGGGAGGGGAGUGAGACCUGCCGUUAAAACACCCCGGUGAGUCGGAGUUCCGGUUACCUGUAUUUCUGAGAAAAUUACAGUCGGGCUCCACUUUUGACAGAGAGAGGGUGAGAGAAACAGCAAGCAAAGAGAGAGGGAGACACGAGGAUGACAGACCAGGACAGCACCACCGUGGGGGAGCCCCCUCCCCAGUACAUGAUCUUCCUCCUGGUCUUCUUCUUCUUCCUCACCGGCCUCCUUGGCUUCCUCAUCUGCCACAUGCUGAAGAAGAAAGGCUACCGCUGCCGCACUGGGGAGCUGGAUGACGACGAGGAGUGCGAGGACAAGCUGGCACCAGAUGCCAACGAGGAUGGAACAGAAGAAAAUCAAGACACUGUGGAGCAAAUAUUGAAGUGCAUUAUUGAGAAUGAAGCAAAUAUGGAGGCCUUCAAAGAGAUGCUGGUGAACCAGAAUGCAUGUGAGCAUAAUGACCCCAGGUUGCUGCGCAAAGAGAGUCUUGGGGGUGUUCCUCCUCACCUGCACACGGUCCACUCCGGCGGCGACCGCAAUUCCUGCCAUCUCUGUGUGCAGGGCCGCUCCAAGAAGGCCCGGCGUCGAAGCCGGGUAGCCCGGAGCAAGGUCCGACCGGGGGAGCAGACUGUUUUCUCUGUGGGCAGGUUCCGCGUCACACAUAUGGAGAAGAAGAACAGCAUCCAGGGGUCCACCAAUCUGCCCAUCGGCGAGUCCGGAGACCACUCUGACCACACCGAGCCACUGGACGGUGAGAAGGACAACCCAGGCAAGCCGCAAGAGGGGUACAACCUGCGCAACAUGUUCAAAGAAGUCAGAUCCACCAACGGUGUGGUCUCGCUGGAGACUGUGGAGAAAAAGAGCGUCACCCUGGCGCCGCUGCGGAGAAGCAGUGACCCGGUGGUGACAAGAAAGACCCAGGAGCGGGUGGCAGAAGUCGAGGAUGAGGACGAACGCCCCGACACCCCCGAGCCGGUGGAGAGCCCCGCGCCACCUCCUGAAGAAGGCACUGACACUGACGUGCCCACUGACUCUGAGAUGGCCAACGACAAAGCGCCCCCUAGUGGUGGGGUGCAGAACGGCACGGUCGGCGUGGAGGAUGUUAUCGUGCGGAGGGCCGUCCCGGAGAGGAUACGGGAGUUCGCGGUGGUGCAGAUGGGCGAGCUGGCGGACGAGGCGGCGCAGGGCGAGGACGGAAGGGAUGACAUGGUGGAGAUGGAGGACAUCAAGGACUGCAGGGUGAGCCAGGAGGAGGACUGUGGGCUCUCUCGGGAGGAGAAGAGGAGGUCCGUACACAGCCAGCACAAGUGGUGAAACGACUUAGGGUGCUGGCAGUGAAAAGGCUGAUGCCCCACUGUAAAGCACAGGGCAGACAGCAAUACUAGUGGAACCGAGCCAUGCCAAACUGUGCCGGGUCAUGCCCUGCCUCCCAUUGACUUGAACCACGAGCUCCCCGCGGCUUUGAUCACGGGGAUGGUGUCAGACGGAUUGCGAUCGAUCCUGUGUCAUCAAGGCCAUGUUGUAGCCAAGUAUGUCAAACCAACUUUUGGGAAACGUGGCUCCGCUACCAUCAUAAUCAACCAUGCGAGCCCUUGCAAUCAGCAGUGAAGGUCCGUUCAAAAGUGUUCACUGACUGCAUUUGACGAUGACAAAAAAAGAACAAGUAUAUACCAUGGCUAUCAGUGGACAGAUAUUUUCAGUAUAUUCUGUGGCUUGGCAAUCUUUGCACUCUUACUAACACAGCCACAGACAGUGUUGGAGGAGCUCCAGACUCCUGUCCCCCUGUCCAUCUGUCUGCAGCUCUCUGCUGUUACCUGCAUUUCCUCAUCCUUUAUUACCCUGACCAUGCGAGGACAGGGCAAGGGGACGAGCCCAGAAAAUAGGAUGAUGAAACUGUAGUUCUGACUUGAAACACAUCGGAAUUCAAAUAACAAAAAGUUGCUUUUAGACUGAGAAAUAAGUGAUAAAUAAGGUAAUGGGAAAUCUUCUUCCCCAUACAAGGGUCUCAAAAUUUCUGUAUCACUAUACAAAGGGAUAAAUCUUUUCCAUGCUAUAUUUGAGUUACUCCUGAUAUUUGAUUGAAGGCAAUAUCAAAUCAGGCACACCCAGUAUGUCAUAAAAUUGUCCUCUUCUGAACCCCAUAAGAAAAUCAUGUCACCUUUUCAGAUUAUAUUUUAUCCAUUAUAUCCCCACAGUAACAAAAGCCCAAAUGCAAUCCCCCCCCCCUCCUUAAAAUGUAGUCAUGGAAAGAUCUGUCACAAACAAUGAUGUAACCCAGCAAAACUGGUCUUUUGUAAUUCCAGACAAUCUCUCAGACAGCAUAACCAAAUGUGGAUCCAGAAAGAUGCCUACGGGUACAUCAUCCAAUACAGAAACUCUAUUUUAAAUCAACACUCUGAGAUUCUAUGCAUAGUUCUGCUCAAAACAGGUCACAGAAGUCUCAAGUGAACUCCAUUCAGAAGAAAUGAAACAACACUUGAGAUGAUCCCAGGCAGGGAAGGUCUGUAACCACGGUUCUGUGCAAAGCUGGCCUGUCUGUGCCAUGGAUUCCUCUGUCAGAAUGUGAAGGAUGCUGCAUUCAGUUCCUCUGUUUAAGGUUUUUUCACAGCUUUUUUCCAGCCUUUUAAACCCUGGCUGGCAGUGCUAGACCUGUCUGCUCAUACAUCACAUCACAUUCAUUUCAAAAUGCUCUUUCAAGGUUACCUUGUUCUCCACUAGUUCUGAAAAAAGGCAGCCAUCUCAAUAUCUCUUACCCAUGUACAGUAACCCAAUGCCAGGUGUGGGAUAGAAGUAAACAAGCUUCUGUUUCUGUAAAAGAAUGGUAAAAUGCUGUGAUGCAAUGUACAUACACUCUUAAACUGCAGUUUUACAUUCUCAUUGAUACCAGUCUGAUUGAGUGCAGCAGUCUAGUUUGCCUCUGCACCCCUGACGAAGGACAAUAAGUUGUUCAUUUAUGCUGGAACCUUGCUAGCUUUAAGCAACGUGACAAAAAGAAAAACAAAGCUAUUGAGGAACUGUUAUCCCUAAUAGUCAUUCCAUACUGUGUCUGAAUGUUUCCCCCUGCUGCUCAAAGUCUGUAUUACACCCACACAGCACCUCACCCACAGGGUGUAAUUCCUUUG